AUGACGGGAAAUAUAGAUGCAGCCAAAGGGGGCACUCUCGGGCCCACCCUGGGUUUGGUGAAGUCCAGUUCUCUGGAGAGUCUGCAGACGGCUAUGGAGGAGGUUCGGCAGAGCUCCGGAUUCCCCCAGGUGCCCUUUCACAAGCCGCGGGCGCACAUGGUCCGAGGCCGCGGCUGCAACAUGAGCUUCAGGCACGCCAUCGACAAGUCCUACGAGGGCCCUUCAGAGGACGAUGACGACUUGUCGGACCACAGCUCUGGACACGAGACUCCGGCCAGCACCUCGUCUCGUAACGAUUUGGACGCAGACGAAAGCAACGGCAAGAAGAAUAAGAAAACGAAAGGAAAGAAGAAAGAUAAGAAAAUGAAGGUCAAGAAGGAGCCAGUGGAAGAGGUGGACCGCAAGAAGAAGAAAGGGUUCGGGCUCUUGAGGUUUGGGAAGAAGAAAGACGACAAAACCAAAGGAUCCAAGACCAAACUGGACGCACUGAGUGAAGAGGAGCUGGACCGGACGGACCAUCGAGACAGUCCUGGUCCUCGCUCUCUGUCUGGUCCCAUGACUCCGGACUAUGACGAUGACGACCCGUUCUACGCUCGCAUCAACGACUUCCGCCAGCCGCCUCCUCAGCUCGACAGGAGCCGCAGUCCCUCUCCUGCCCCAGCCGCUUUGAGGCAGCGGAACCCCACACAUGCCUCAGCUGAAGACCUGGAAGGACUCUACGCUAAAGUCAACAAAGCCAAGAAGAGUCACCAUCCGAGCCAGGACGAGGGAGGACAGAGGGAGUACCACAACUCCAGAGCAGUCCCAGGAUACGACCAGCUGGACGCCGCCAGACGCAGAGCUCUGGAGUACGAUCCAAACCGAAUGGCACCCAGACAGAACGAAACCCGGCCUUCGCACCACUACGAGGAAAUAGACCGGCAGUUCCUCGCCCAGGCCCGGAGGGACCCAUACGACUACCCCAGACCCGUUGAUCUCCUCCCUCCGCCUCAGUCCAUGCAGUACCACCCGGCGUCUCCUCACCCAGAGCAGAGGGGGAGGCCACAGCAGUACGAGCCACGUAGAGAGGGUCACAGACAAGCCAGUCCAGGACGCUACAUCGAGCAAGACCCACGGAGGAAGAACGCAGUGAUCGGAGCUGUGUGA